CACAGAACAGAGAUUUCAGGGUUAGGUUCCUAGAGAAAUUUUAAAUACAAGAAAAGUGAAUCGAACAAGGAAAAUGACAGCUCUCUUCAGUUUUUAUCUAAUUUUUCUUCUCUCACUUCAAUUUCUCUACUGUGAAUCCAUGCAAGAAGCCAAGUCUCCGGGGGACAUCAUCAUUGGAGGAUUGUUCCCAAUACAUGAAAGUGUAAACGAUACAGGAAAGUGUAUCAGUUUCAGUCCUGCUCGACUGGCUCAGUCUCUGAUGAUGGUGCAUGGAAUAGAGGAGAUAAACCAGAGCGGAGACUUGGGGAACAUCACUCUGGGAUAUCAUAUACUGGACUCAUGUGCUGAUGUUACUACUGCUUUGAAAAACACUCUUCUCUUCAUGAAAAUGAACCCUAACUCUGAUACGGAUUGUGAGCAGCAACCACCCCCACCAGUAAUGGCAAUCAUAGGGGCUUACUACUCAGAAAUAUCUAUUGCAGUUACAAGGCAACUCAACCUGGAGGAAAUACCUCAGAUAAGCUAUGGCUCUACAUCUGGCCUCCUGAGCGAUAAAGAUCGUUUCCCAAGUUUUCUGAGGACCGUACCACAGGAUGAUCACCAAGCACAUGCCAUCAUUGAGAUUCUGAAAAGUGGCAACUGGAACUGGGUUGGGGUCAUAACAACUGAUGGUGAAUAUGGCCGCUAUGCUGUUGAACGUCUGCGACAUCACGCAACAAAGAAUGGCAUCUGCUUUGCUUACACAAGUUUUCUACCAGAGUUUCUUGUUGACAAUAAUCUUGAAGAGUCCAUAAAAGACACGGUCCAAAACAUCACUGACAAUAGGAAUGUCUCUGUCAUUGUGUCCUUUGCCAAAUCCAGCCAAAUGAAGAAAAUUUUUAACACACUUCUUGAAGACCCCAGAGGCAAAAACAAAGUUUGGAUAGCCAGUGAUAACUGGUCACAAUCAGUUGAAUGUCUUAAUUCAACAAGAUGGACUUUGGAGGAUGUUGGAACCAUCAUUGGGAUAACUCUCAAAUCUGGAAACAAAAUCAGGUUUGAAAGGUUUCUCAGGUAUAUUGAGAAAAAGCCGGAUCGGUACAAGAACAACUCUUUUUUGAGGGAAUAUUUAGAGUUAAGUGCUAAUAAUACUAAUGGCUCAAAUACAUUUAUCAGUUCCCAAAUCCACAAAUUAAUCAACAUGACACGUCUGUAUGCUGUCUUCAGUAUCGAUCUGGCAGUCAAAGCAAUCGCUAAGGCUGUUAAAGAUCUUUGCAUUGAGGGGUGUAACAUUUCCUCAUUACAACCCAGAGAGUUUCGAGAGGCCUUAAAAAAUGCACGUUUCUCCUUGGAUAAGGAAAACUAUUCAUUUGAUACUCACGGUGACGUUAACUCUGGUUAUGAUGUCAUCAUGUGGAAGUCUGCUUCUGACAACUAUCACAAAACGCGUGACGUUGGUUAUUAUGUCAUAGCAAAUCAGUCUUUCGUUCAAACCUCCAGCUACUUAGAUGAAAAAAUUAAAGGAGUGACUUCCAAAUGCUCAACAUGUAAUCCAGGUGAAAUGAAGAUUACAAUGAAUAGUGCCUUACCAGUUUGCUGCUAUGAAUGCAAAAAGUGUCCCAAAAAUGAGUAUUCUAACACCACAGAUGCUAACCAGUGCUAUAAGUGUGAUGAAGGCAGUGAAUAUUCCGGUGAGGGCAGUAGUAACUGUUCAAGAAGAGAGGUUUUGUUUCUCAAAUGGAAAGAUGUGUAUCACAUUGCACUGCUAACAGCCACUGCUCUAGGAGCUGUGCUAACCAUUAUAGCUGCCAUUAUCUUCAUAGCCUACUGGAAUACACCAGUCGUACGCUCAUCUGGUGGCCCCGUAUCCAUCAUUCUCCUUUUCUCUCUUUUGUUCACAUUUGGAAGUGUAACGUUAUUUGGUGCCAAACCUACAAAGUGGAAAUGCGAAGCCCGACAAGUUUGGUUUGGCUUGAGUUUCACUUUGUCUGUCUCCUGCAUCUUGGUCAAGUCAUUUAAAAUAAUCUUGGCCUUUGAAUUUGACCCUGUGACCAAAGAUGUUCUGAAAAAACUCUACAAGCCUUACCUGAUUAUUGCAUUCUGCAUGGGUGGACAAGUGCUGAUCUGUGCGAUCUGGCUUGCAAAAAAAGCUCCAACUAUAUAUUCAAAACCAUUUGAGAAAUAUCAAAAACACUACAUCCUUGUACAGUGCGAUGAAAACUUAUAUGGAGCAUUUGGGGCCAUGCUAGCCUAUAUUGGCAUUUUAGCAAUCAUCUGCUUUGCUCUUGCCUUUAAAGGCAGAAACUUGCCCGAUUGUUACAAUGAUGCAAAAUUCAUCACCUUUUCCAUGCUGAUUUACUUCAUCGCCUGGAUCAUCUUUGGCCCAGUUUACGCGAACGUCAUGGACGAGUAUCAUCCAGCGAUUGAAAUGGUUGUGAUUGUUAUUUCUGCUUUGGGCAUCUUGUUUUGUCAGUUUUUGGUUAAAUGUUACAUCAUCCUCUUUAAACGAGAUAAAAACACAGAGGAUGCAUUUUUAAGGCAAAUAAGGAAAUUUUCCGAGAGCAAAGGUGAGGACAUAGAGGGAAACCAUCAUGAUGGAAUCCAAAAUCCUGGUUUCUCUAGGGAGUCGCUGUCAAGCUCAGAAUCAUUUCAACCAAUAAGUGAUCAGUCGCUGUCCCCAAACACCUUUAUCGAUCCUUUCUCUCCAGCUCCGAUCUCAGAAACUCAGCCUGCUCUGCCAACCAAUGGACGCAACUAUAGGAAGAGGCCAUUAAUAAGAUCUUUAAGCCUGCCAUCUUAGGCACAAAUUAUUAUUGAAAAGACCCAAAGAAAAGAAGAAAAGCUGUUAAACAUUUUCACUUACAGUUUUUUCUAGAUAUAUCAUCAGAUAAAUAAGUCAUUAUAUUUAGUAAGUCAGUUACGAGCAGCACAUUUUUUCUACAGUGUUCAAUUGUUUGAUGAGUUUUUUUUAAAGUGUGGAAUGGUAUUCGAAGUUAAAAAAAAUCCACACACGUUGAAUUUAGUUAACCAAAAAUCAUUUCACAAUAGAAAACAGUUGCAGUUAACAGGGGUUUAAAGUAUUAAAGGUUAUGUCAAUAAUAUCACAGUCAAAACAAGUUUCUUCUAUAUAGAAGCUUUUAAUGAGGUGCUACAUCUGCUGAAGGAGCCAGACUUAAAGUAUGUAAUGUAGGAAGGAUUUAUUUGAAAUAUUUAAAGGGUUUUUGUUUGUUUGUUUGUCUUUAUAUAGCUAUUUUUUUCUGUUUUUUGUUUUAUCAUAAUAUAUUAAAUGCAUGCAGUUUCAUGAGGUAAUAACUUUUUUAAUAGGACUUCAGGUCUUCUCGCUAACAUCUACUGGCGUACCUUGAGCAAGAACCAGACACAGAGAGCAGCAUUUACUUGUCGCGUUACUGACCUGGAAUAAAUUCCCAGAAAACUGGAAAACAGCUACAAUCCUCAGUUUCUUUAAACUGGAGUUAAAAAUAUCUUCAUAUAGAUUGGCCUUUGCUUUAUCUAA